CUAUGUCAAACAAAAAGUAAUUCACUGGUGGUAAAACAUCGAGAUCAAAUAGUAAACAAUCUACUAGCAAUCCAAUGUCAGUGAGAAAACGAUUUUCAUCUUUAUGUUCACCGUAAUUUAUGUGAUUUUGUAUGUUGAAUAGGCCCAACAACUAGAAAUCCACUCCUUGCGUGUUUUGUUAAAAGUUCAAAAACUGCAAAGAAGAAUCGUAUGCUCCACUUUUAAAUAAAGCGUUAUUUGCUAAAUACUCAUCUUCAUAAAACUACUAUUAUUCAAAGGACAUCAACGAUAUAAUAGAAGAGGAGUCAACUCCUGCAGUUGUAUUCUAUAGAGAUUUGGAAAGUAUGAUAGAAGAGGAGGAGUAUUUGAAAAGGUAAGUAUGCUACUAUAAAGUUUAGAUCAUAUGCAAAAAAAGAGGCAACACAAAAGGUCAAGGCAUUGUAGGAGUACUACAAGUAUCACAAGGAUAUCCCUCGCUUAUUCAUGCAAAAUGUCUAUUUAACCAUAAAUAAGUUCCAUGAAAAAAAGCGGAGAUUAGAAUAUGCGAAUAUUAAGAGGAAGUUGAACAUUCCAGACGAGGAUGUAGUAAUACAAUCACUAAAUCUAGUAACCAUCCAAAAAGAAAGAGAAGAAGAAAUAAAAGCAUAGUGAUGAAGAUCUAACAAUAGGAUAGUUGAAAUAUCUAUUGAAAGAUUUAAAAUUGGACACUAAUUCCUAUCUCCAAAAAAAAGCGGAUAUCUCUAGUAGUGUCCAAUUGAGAGAAUUCAUUUAGUAAGUCGGAUAAAAGUAUGAUUGUCUUGGAUAAAUCUCAGGAUUAUUGUCUAUUGAUUAAAGCAAUAGUUUUCUCCUAAGAUCAUAGGAUCUCUCGACAAUCACUAAAAAUCUAAAGUCUAACUACAUGACUAAUCUUAAACCUAAGGUUAACAAAAGCUCUUAAUAGCAGAAUUUCGAUUCAAAAACCACUCAUCAAGUCAGUUGUUAAGGCAGUUUCGAUAAAAUCAAUAUUAACCGUUUGCAGUUCAACCAGGGAGAGGUGUCUUCCUUAAAAGCGGAGAGUUCUCUUAAAGCUGGGGAGUAGACAAAAAGAUCCAAUUAAGAACAAUCUCCCUUAAGAAGUUCAUAAUAAUCGCAAUUAAUGUAGAAAGUGUACUCACAAAUUGAAGGGUUUGCCAACUUUGUUUAAUAAUAACAAAAUAUGCAAAAGCAAUAAAAAGCUAACAAUUGUUAGAAAUCUAACUCUCAAAGAAAAGUGAGUAGCAAUUUCAAUGCAACAGAAUGUUAAUUUAGACUACCAAGUAGACAAAAUUCAACAUAAAAGUAAUCAGCUGAUUUGUUAUCUUAUUAAGUGAAUUUCUUGUAAUUAUUAUUGAUAAUCCAUUAAUAGAAGAACCAGAGUAGCCUCAUAACUUCAAAAACACGAAGAUGAUAAUAAAAGUAUCACAAACAUAUUAAUUAGGUAAACAACCUUUGGCCACUGAUAGAGUCCAGAGACAGAGUGUGUAUACCAUUGGGGAAUAGACCUUGUAGAAGACAGCAUCCAAAAACAUGUAUCAUUUAAUGUAAACAUUUUUGAAGAUAAAAAUUACCAUAAAAGUUCACUUAGUAUGCCCUGUCCACUUUGAGGGGACUGCAGGUCAAAAAUUCUGAUCAAAAAAAGAAAUCCACCUUGAUUUCUAAUAAUAAUUUGCAAGCUCCCAUUCUUAAUGCACAAUUAUUGCACUACAGGACUAAAUCUCAAGAUAAUGUAGGAAAUUACAAAGCGUCUCCACCGAAAUAACCUCAAAAACACGAUAAUUCAAAGGAUCCAUUAAGGAUAACCAACAAUAUUUGCGUGUAAGGUUCAACAAAGAAGGGAGGUGGUGUAUACAAUAUUAACUAAAACAAUAUAGUUAAUAUUUAUAUUGAGGAUCUGAAAUCAUCUACAAAGUUAAAAUAGGGAGGCUCUUAAACUGCUCGAAUCAAUAGUCCCUUAAAAAGUAAUCCCAAAGGAAUCUUCGAAGUCUACAACACGCAAAGAUCAAAUUUAAGUCCUGUAAGUAAAAAAAUGGCUUGA